AUGAGAGAUGAUAAAGAACUGGUGACUUACCAAGGGCUUGGUUCUUUGAUGUCUGUUCAUUUUACUGAUAAUUUGCGGGAAGCUUCCAACCGAGGUUCACAGGCGAGGAUGGUCAUACAAUGGGUCAAUUUGAAGAUAAACGACCAUAUCCGUAAAGGCCACAGGCCGUUGGAACGUGGCUUUAGUCGGUACAGAAAUGAUGUGAGAAAUGACGAUGGAAGCUAUGUUGUUAAAAUGCCGUUUAAAAUAGACCCCCCAUGUUUAGGCGAAUCAAAACACAUUGCUACUAAAAGAUUUAAUUCACUUUGGCAACGUUUGAAGAGAGAACCAGAGUAUAGGCAACUAUACAGCGAAUUUUUAACUGAGUAUGAGAAUUUGGGGCAUAUGCAGGCAACUUGCGAAACUCCAAGGUAUAUUAUGCCUCAUCAUGGCGUUUUUAGGCCAGAAAGUAGUACUACAAAAUUACGCGUUGUUUUUAACGCAUCAGAGGCAACGUCAUCUGGACAAUCGCUUAAUGAUAAUUUGUAUUCAGGAUCUGUUGUCCAAGAUGAUUUGUUCGCUAUUUUGUUGAGAUUUCGAAAACAUUCUAUAGUUUUCACCGCCGAUAUAAAAAAGAUGUAUCGUCAAAUUUGGAUACAUCCAGAUCAGUGUGAUUUACAAUGUAUUUUAUGGAAGGAUUUAGAGGAAGAGAAUUUACGUGUAUUUAAGUUGCUCACUGUUACCUACGGAACCAAAUGCGCUCCUUACUUGGCGACCAUAGUACUAAAACAAAUAUGCUGUGAUGAGCAGAACAACUAUCCUUUAGCCGCUGCUGCUGGCAAAGAUUUUUACGUCGAUGAUAUACUCAGUGGUACCGAGGAUUUAUCUUCUGCCAUUGAACUACAAAACCAGUUAAUACAAUUGUUAAAAUCAGCUGGUAUGGAGCUUCACAAAUGGAGCUCAAAUAAUCCUGUUUUGUUACAAAAUGUCCCAACGUCGGACCGAGAAUACAAUUUCGAUAACCCCAACUCAGCUACUUUAAAAACUUUGGGAUUACAAUUCAAUCCUGAAAAGGAUACAUUUAGUUUUAGUGUUCAAAAAAUUGUGAGACCUGCAACAAAAAGAACAAUGCUAUCGGACAUAUCCAGAUUGUUUGAUCCUUUAGGCCUCUUAGGACCUUUGAUAAUCACAGCGAAGAUGUUCUUGCAGAAGUUGUGGAUUUUGAGAAUUGAUUGGGACGAUGAAGUUCCCUUACACUUAAAUAGAGAGUGGGAAAAAUUUAGUUCUGAAUUGAGUCAAUUGAAAAAUGUAAACAUAGAUCGUCAUGUGGUAUGUUCUAAAGUUCUGAAAGUAGACCUGAUAGGCUUCGGAGAUGCUUCGAAAAAUGCAUAUGGUUGUGCUGUCUACACCAGGUCUUUGUCAAGGUCUGGUGAGAUAAAGGUGUCACUCUUAUGCAGCAAAUCUCGAGUGGCUCCCAUCAAAGAAAUUAGUAUCCCACGUUUGGAGCUUUGUGCAGCGGAUUUGCUUUCCAAGCUUACCGUUAAGGUUCUGUCAUCCUUGCAACUAGACAUUGAUGGAGUACAUUUGUACUCGGACUCCACUGUGGUGCUUGCUUGGAUCAAAACUCCACCUACAUCGUUGAAAACUUUUGUGGCUAAUCGAGUCGCUAGGAUUCAAGAGUAUACUAAGAACUUCCAAUGGCAUUAUGUAAAUACUGCUGAGAAUCCUGCGGACUUGAUAUCACGAGGAGUUUUCCCUUCAAAGAUCCAACAGUUGGACAUUUGGUGGAAUGGACCGUCUUUUCUUUCAUCUAGUAGCUGUCCAAACUUCAAUGACGAUCCUGGUGUCUCAGAUGAUGAAUAUCUUCUUGAGGUUUGUCAAGAAUCUAAAAGAAGCAGUGAAGACAACAGGUCCACUGAAUGCUGA